UUGUGUCCCGCACGUGGCUCAGACCUCCCUCCUGUUGUGACAUAAUCCAACAUGGCGGCCACCGUUGGCAGACUGCUCAGGACCUCUGUUCAGGUUGCAGCUGGAGGGCUGAAAGUUGCAGCUGCUUGCCAGCAUGGAGUUGGCGGCGCUGCCAGGGUCCUUUCUGCUCCGGUUCUCCAGAAAUCCUUUUUCUCCACCGGCUCCUCCAGAUGGGCGGCCGCCGUCACUCAGCCGGCGCCCGGCUUUAAGGCCACUGCUGUCCACAACGGGGAGUUCAAGGACCUGAGUCUGGCGGACUUCAAGGGAAAAUACCUCGUCCUUUUCUUCUACCCUCUGGACUUUACGUUCGUGUGUCCGACGGAGAUCAUCUCGUUCAGCGACAAGGCCAAGGAGUUUCACGACGUCAACUGCGAGGUGGUGGGCGUGUCUGUGGAUUCUCACUUCACCCACCUGGCCUGGAUCAACACGCCACGAAAGGCUGGAGGUUUAGGAAACAUCCACAUCCCUCUGCUGUCGGACCUCAACAAGCAGAUCUCCAGAGACUACGGGGUUCUGCUGGACGGCCCGGGAAUCGCACUGAGGGGCUUAUUCAUCAUCGAUCCAAACGGUGUGGUGAAGCACAUGAGCGUCAACGACCUGCCAGUGGGUCGGAGCGUAGAGGAGACGCUGCGCCUGGUCAAGGCCUUCCAGUUCGUCGAGACGCAUGGAGAGGUUUGUCCAGCCAGCUGGACGCCGAAGUCGCCCACAAUCAAACCAACCCCUGAAGGAUCGAAGGAGUACUUUGAGAAAGUCAACUAACCGUUCCCACCGCCGUCAGGUGAAAAUCACACAAAAUAAAAAGCUUCUUAGUUUACCGGUAAAUCUGUUCGACAAACUCCUGGCUUUGACUUGUCUGGACCGGUUUGUGUUUCUGUUUAUCGACUGUAUGAAGAUAAUAAAAAUCACGCUGAGUAACCCCUGUA